AUGUCAAGAGAAAAUCCACGGGCAGUUAAAAUAACAGAGGCUUUGACUCAUUUUAUUGCUCUGGAUGACCAGCCACUGUCGGUUGUGGAAAACGUGGGAUUUCGCCAACUUCUCAGCACACUGGAGCCGCGAUACGAGAUUCCCAGCCGCCCCUACAUCACGGACGUUAUGGUGCCAAAAGUUUUUGACGAGGUAAAAAAACACGUGCGCAACCUGGUGAAUGAAGUUUCAGCCUUAAGUUUCACUACGGACAUUUGGACAAGCAGUGUGUGCCCGAUGUCACUGCUCAGUUUAACGGCGCAGUGGAUUGAUGAGGAGUUUGUUCGUCACCAAGUCACACUACAUGCAAAGUCGUUCCGGGGCUCGCACACCAGCCAAACCAUCGCAGGUGCUUUCGAUAGCAUGCUCCAGACCUGGGACAUACCGAAGACGUCUGUCCACGUAGUGCUCCGAGACAACGCACGAAAUAUGAUAAAGGCCAUGAGUGAUGCUGAGCUGCCCAGCCUACCGUGUACUGCUCACACCCUACAGCUGGUGGUUCACGAGGGCAUUCUGUCACAGAGGAGUGUUGCUGAUGCGGUGGCAGUCGGCCGCAAAAUAGUUGGGCAUUUUAAACAUUCUGCUCUGGCCUACUCCCGCCUCGAGGACAUUCAGUUAGAGAUCAACCAGCCUGCGAAGCGGCUCCAGCAAGACGUACAGACCCGCUGGAAUAGCACCUUUUAUAUGAUACAGUCAUUGAUUGAGCAGAAACGGCCUCUGGGAAUAUUCGUAUCUGAACAUGGACUCCCUGAUACUCUCACGGCUCACCAGUGGAUACUGCUGGAGAAGGUGCUAUCUGUUUUGGGUCCGUUCGAGGAGUUAACUCGAAAAGUUAGCUCUUCAGAUGCCAUGGCCGCAGAUGUCAUUCCAGCAGUCACUGUGCUGCACAGAUUUCUAACAAGGGAGACUAAUGAGGACCAUGGGAUCAAAGCAAUGAAGGGAACCUUGGCUGCAGCUGUCAGGAAGCGAUUCGCUGAUGUGGAGGAAAACCCACUCUACAGCAUCGCAACGCUACUCGAUCCCAGGUAUAAAAAUCUGUUUUUCUCCAACACCACCAUUGCUGCAAAUGCCAAAGAGAUGCUGAAACUUGAGCUGCUAAGGUUGCCUGGAGAAGCGGACAAGCAGGAGGAUGAUGACCUGAAUGAACCACCUUCAAGAAAACCACGCAGUGACCAACCAAGUAGUAGUCUAGACAGCAUAUUUGAUGAAAUUGCAUCAGCAUCAGUGGGCAGAGCUGCAGUAGGUUCUAAUGUACAGUUAGACACAUAUCUUGGAGAGGCCGCAAUUUCACGAGAAGACAAACCACUACAAUACUGGAUGGUUAAUAAAGUGCGGUUCCCAACUCUGGCUAAACUGGCGGCCAGAUACCUUUCAGCACCUUGCACUAGUGUUGACAGUGAAAGGCUGUUCAGCUCAGUGUCACACAUUGUGAGUGAAAGCAGAAACAGGCUCACAGCUGAUCAUGCAGAGAUGAUUCUUUUCAUCAAAAAGAACCUGCCUCUCACUUUCCCAAAAAAAGCUUAGAGAGACCUCAGAGACCACACCAUUGCAUGCUGACUGAAGUUUGAUAUUUUGUUUAAUUCAAAUGUGGACACUCUGCAAUAGGUUCAUUAAUGUUCUGUCAAUCUGAAAGGUGGAGACAGUGCCAAAUAGUUAAGUGAUAUUUUGUUUGAUUAAAAUGUGGAAACUCUGCAAUAUAUUCACAGAAUAUGUUUAUUUUUCACUUGAAAUUUUAGUUUUAUAGUCAUUUUUAAUUUAUUGAUAUUUUAUUUUUAUCUAAUUCAUCAUCAUUUGUUGUAACAAGCAGAGAAGAAAAUAAAACCUGUCUUCCAAUUCAUUGCAUUUUUUUUGUGGUAGAAGUAUCAGCAUCGGUACUCAGUAUCGGCAAGUACUCAGAUCCAAGUAUCGGUAUCGUAUCGGUUUGAAAAAAAUGGUAUCGCUUCAUCCCUAAUAUAUACUGUACGUUGCAUCAUAGUUUUGGAUCUUGGU